CCCAUGCAGAAAUCUCGGCUUCUUGGUGCCCAGGCUUGGUGAGCUCAUCGCCGGGGAUCAGCCCGUACAUGGCGGAGGUCCGUAGCGCCUCUAACCCGACCCUUGGAAGUGACCGGCUGAAGAAAAUCCUCCUGCCGUACGGGUCGGGGACUUGUAUUGGCAUCGGUGUCCUCAUGGCCUCUUGGGACCAAACACAGCACUUACAUGCAAGGUCGCGACAAGCUCCCGCAUAAUCCCUCAUGAUUCCCCGCGCGUAUGGCGACAUUUCACCCCAUUGCCUGAGGCGACCUCCUGAGCAACUGCGCGUAACCCAUCUGGCAGCGGCGGUAACGUGACUUGCCGGAGCCAGGCCCACGGGGAGUGGUAAGCUCUUAUCUCGCCCUGUUGGCGCUCAGGCAGGGCCGUUAUGCAGGGAACCGGGGAUCGAGGUUUGGUGUUUCGAUCAUCCCUUUCGUCCAACCAUGCGUUUUCUUUUGGGUUCUAGAGCAAACCCCAGAUCUUGCUUUUCAAAUGAGCCCGCGAUCCUUCUUCAACCUUCUGGUGCACACACAUGCCAUCUAUCGAGGUCUGAUUACGUACACCAAGGCCAACCAAGGCAUGCAGGAUGCCGACCUAGCCAGCUCAUCUCGAUGCCGAUUAUGAAAGCCAUAUGCUGGUUCCGGUCCAUGCAGAACGCGGGGUAUCUCUACGCCUAGCUGAGGAGGCAGCCGUCUUUGCGUGUCAAUAGAAUCAUCAUGCAUGAAAAAAGAGGAGCUGUAGAGGGAACGGCUGGCAUUUUGGCUAGUAAUAGCCAUUACCUACAAGAUCGGUAUGCGCCCGAUCGUACCAAGAAGCAUGCUGUCUUGAUACCGGGCACCUGUCCGAGCGAGCCCGAGUGCCACGCACCUAUCCCGCGUCCCAGACGAUAAGCUCGUUAUCCUGCACGAAGCUGGAGAUGGGACGGCACCGCUCUGCCAAUCCGGCCGCUUCCAGGUUGACUUUGCAUGAUGCUUUCGAACCCCCCAACCCUAUCAGAGGAGCGAACGAUGGGGAGCCAUGGCGUCCCUUUAAUAACCCCCUCUGGGACACUCCCUCGACGGCUAGGGCCUGUGCCCGCGCCUGCUACCGGAACCUCGUUUUGCUGUCAUAGAAACACUCUCGUUGAUACCAGUAGCCAACCGACGUUCUGUGUUAUUGGAAAUGCUUUGUUGGGCGGCACUAGCAACGGCCCUUGCGGCCCUCGUGUCGGCUCAUGGGGACCACCACGACCAGGAGCCCAUGUCCGGGCCACUGCAGUCCUUGUGGUACAACCAGCUUCCCGGCGACGGCGGCACCCAGGCCGACUCCGUCUUUUCUGGCAUCUCGACCUUUGGUCGUCUGCCGUAUCUGCCGUGCCUGAGCAACAGCCACGUAUCAUAUGACAUUGCAUUCAUUGGGGCCCCGUUUGACACGGGCACGUCCUACCGCCCAGGAGCCCGGUUUGGCCCUUCUGGUAUCAGGCAGGGCUCUCGCCGCCUGAAUCUCUACGGCGGAUACAACGUCCCCCUAAAGACCAACCCGUUCAACAGCUGGGCGACCGUGCUUGACUGCGGCGAUAUACCGGUGACAUCAUACGACAACACAUUCGCUCUGAAGCAGAUCGAGGAAGGUCACUACAGCAUCCUCUCGAGGGCGCCCAAGACCGAUGCCCACAAGCAGGGACCUGCCUUGAAGGGGAAAACCCUGCCCAGGGUCAUCACGCUUGGCGGCGACCAUACCAUAACUCUGCCUCUACUAAGGUCGAUCAAUCGCGCAUAUGGUUCUAUUAGCGUCGUCCACUUCGACUCCCACCUUGACACUUGGAGACCCAAGGUGUUUGGCGGCUCGCCGUCGCACGUUGCCAGCAUCAACCACGGCACGUACUUUUACCAUGCCGCCCAGGAGGGCCUGCUCAGGAACGACUCGAACAUUCACGCCGGCAUCCGUACCACGUUGAGUGGCCCGAGUGACUACGACAACGACGGCUAUUGCGGCUUCGAGAUCGUCGAGGCGCGCGAGAUCGACACUAUCGGCACCGACGGCAUCAUCAAGAAGAUCAAGGAGCGCGUCGGGACCAAGAACCCGGUGUACCUGUCCCUCGAUAUCGAUACUCUGGACCCUGCCUUUGCGCCAGCCACUGGAACGCCCGAGACAGGGGGCUGGACGACUCGAGAGCUCCGGACAAUCCUCAGGGGACUGGAGGAUCUCAACAUCGUCGCCGCAGACAUUGUUGAGGUUGCCCCGGCGUACGACACCAAUGCCGAGCUCACCACCAUGGCGGCAGCGGACGCGCUCUACGAGAUCAUGAGCAUCAUGGUCAAGCGGGGUCCUCUAAGCAUUGCUCAGAAUCAAGGAGAGGCGGAAGAGGAGCUGUGACUACAGCCUACCAGGCGUAGACCUUCCCGCUAGUAUAUGUCGGGUAUAUGAUGGUAGUUGGGCUUGGGGCACCAGGUUCUGACAUUUGGUCAACCGGCACAUAUCAACAAACUGGAACAGAGGGCUUUUUCUUGUGCUCUCCUUUCCAAGAAGGGAGACUUUGGCGGUUGGUGCGACGGAAAGAGAUUGAACGGGACGUUGGCUUGAUGUGGUAGUCAUGGUAGCUCAAAAGAGUACAGAGUUUCACAUCACACUGCUCGGGUGUCUCCUCCCUGCCUGAAAUCAUACACCUUUUGGUUACAUGUGGUCGCAGACCGUUCUAGCAGGACUUACAGCAGCCAGUGAUGGAGAGUCAGCCAUAUCAGAUUAUCGUCGACUGACUCCGUACUCUUCGUGUCAUAUAUCUCACAGGAUACAUGAACGUGUCUGCUUUUCGUGUUGACUAUUAUUGGUGCCUUGUCACGGCGAUCCUCGCGGUCUACCUGAGAUCCUGAUCCCGCGGCACACGUGUGGAUGUAUGUGUUUUGCGAACCGA